UGGGUUAUUUCAAAGUUCAGCAAUCGCAAAGAGAGCGAUCGAAGUAAUCAAUCCCUUUCUGUCUCUAAUCUUCAAAGUCUUUCUCUUUCUCUCUAAGCUUCAAUCUCUCUCUCUCUCUAAAAUUAAGGGUUUCGAGAAAUGGGGGAUAACAAUUUGAUGGAGAAGGUUAGCGCAUUUGGUGAGCGCUUGAAAAUUGGGGGAUCAGAGGUUGGUCGUAAAAUGAGUGCCGGUAUGAGCUCCAUGAGCUUCAAGAUGAAGGAGCUCUUCCAAGGCCAGAACCAGGCCGAGAAGAUCGUAGAAGAAGCGACAGCUGAGACCAUGGAUGGACCAGAUUGGUCCUCUAAUUUGGAGAUAUGUGAUAUGGUUAAUGGUGAGAAAAUCAGUAGCCAAGAUGUUAUUCGAGCUCUAAAGAAGAGGAUCAUGCUUAAGAAUGCUAGGGUUCAGUAUUUAGCUCUGGUUCUUCUUGAAACAUUAGUGAAGAACUGUGAGAAGGCUUUCUCAGAGAUUGCUUCUGAGAGGGUUUUGGAUGAGAUGGUGAAGAUGAUCGAUGAUCCUCUGACAGUUGUGAACAAUCGAAACAAGGCUUUGAUUCUUAUUGAAGCAUGGGGGGAGUCUUCAGAGGAACUUCGGUACUUACCUGUUUUUGAGGAGACUUACAAGAGCUUGAAAUCUAGAGGUGUACGUUUUCCUGGACGAGAUAAUGAAAGUUUGGCUCCAAUUUUCACCCCACCACGUUCAGUUUCUGAUGUGGACUUGAAUACUGAUCCUCUUGGACAUCAGCACCCUCAGUUUGCACAGAAUGAGAACUUCCAUGAUGUUGUUGCUCAAAGCUUUACCCCAGAGCAAACAAAAGAAGCAUUUGAUGUGGCUCGGAACAGCAUUGAACUCCUUUCUACUGUUUUAUCCUCUUGUCCCCAGCAAGAUGCUCUCGAGGACGACCUAUCCACCACGCUCGUGGAGCAGCUGCGCCGCUCCCGAUCGACCAUCCAGAGAAUCAUUGAGACAGCAGGGGACAAUGAGGCCUUACUCUUUGAGGCCCUUAACUUGAAUGAUGAGAUUCAAAAGGUUUUCUCUAAAUAUGAAGACCUCUACAAGCCUGUUUCAGCUCCACCUGCACCAGAACCUGCUAUGAUACCCAUUGCAGUUGAGGCUGAAGACUCUCCAAGAGUGGCCCAUGAAGACCCACUUGUUAGAAAGCCUGCAAAUUCUAGGUCGAGAAGUGGAGAAGAUGAUGAUAUAAUGCAUGAUUUGGAUGAGAUGAUCUUUGGCAAGAAGGGCGGCUCAUCAGAUGGGCAGGACCCAAAAAAGAAUCAGAACAAAGAUGAUCUCAUUAGGUUCUAGAUUGUGACGGUGAUCUCUCUCUCCCCCCACCCCAGGGGCGCGCCCGCAUUCACACAUACAUACAUCAGAACAAAGAUGAUCUCAUUCUAGUUCUUGAUUGUGAACUCUCUCUCUCCCCUCCAACAUCAUCAGAACAAAGACGGUCUCAUUACAGUUCUAGAUUAUGAGGUCUCUCCCUCUCUCUCUUCUUUUGACAGGUUUGGAAUAGGAGAAUGGUUGGGAGUGUUAUAUUUUUAUUGUUGACUGCAGGAGGACUCUUUGGAUUUUCUUCGCAUUUAUGUAAAUCCUAUUCCUUGUAGAAGUGGUUUCUGUUGCU